AUGGGAUUUCGAAUCUGUAUUGGACCAUACACUGAGGACAGUGGGGUUGCCGGAUCGAGUUCCGCUCGUUCUGGUAAUCGAAGUGGCUCUACCACGACAGAAACUGGUGUUGCACUUCUAUGUUCUGCAUUCCUACGAGAUCAACUGACUAACCUGGUUUUGGAAUCCAAAGCGGAAAAUCCUAAUUUCGAUGUUACUUUGUCCACCAACUGUAUGGUUCGUACUCAUGCAUUCCAUUUGGUCGCUAGUCUCAUCAUAUGCAGCCCUAGUGACGAGCUUAGUCCUGGUUCGAAUGGAUCUCCAAGCAGUCCAAGCCCGCUCACCAUACUGAGACAGAACCUUGCCACAGCUGGCUCUACCGGUUAUUUGUUGGAACAACAAGUCUGUCGCCCACCCAUGCCAAAAACUAACACUGACCCAGUUAUAUGCCAGUCACUGGCAACCUCUGAGUCCAUUUGGACGGAACAUUUCAAACGGGCUGUUUCACUUGCAAUAGAGGCAAUGAAACACUCAGAUUCCCAAAUACGUCAAGCUGCAUUAUUGGUGGUCGGUAAUGCACUUUAUCGAUUUUCUCGGGCGUUUGAACUUAUUGAAAAGCAUCUUGAAACACUGGUCAGUAUUCUUGCGGAAGACAACUCUGCACGAAUACGUAGUGGAGCAGCAGAAAAAUGUUUCAAAUGCUUGACUCCGGUUUUCAGACUGCUAGAAGCCGGAUGCACGGAUGGAGAUCGCAGGGUGCAAGAGGCUUCAUUGCUUGCACUACGCCUGCAUUUGGUCGCUUGCCCAUUGUCUAAAAAGAUACUCAACUCUCUUGGAGCAAUGGACAAGUUGAUGCAGUUACAAACCUCGCUGAAAAGAGCAAGUGCAUCCCGCUCCGGUCGCCUACUUCCCGGCAAAUUCCGACAAACGACGAAACAAAGUCCCCUUCUGGACAAUGCCUUAUUGAUAGAGUACACUGCAGCUAUUUGUGAUAUGCUUUGA